UGUAUUGUUGUUCUGAAAGUGGUUUGAAUUGAACAAUGUUGGCCAUAAAAUUUCAAUAUAGGUCGUAGAAUACGCCAAAACUCGAAACCUGAACUAAAUGCCAAUAAUCUGUAAUAUUCACAAACACUUUUGGGACUAUUCAUCGCAGUUGCUAUUAUAUUUAAUAUCAUAAUAUGAAUACAUAAUCAAAUUAAGUCGAAAUAAAAAUAUCAUAAAAUCUAUGGCAUUUAUGAAUAUUAAUUUCAAAUUAAAAUCGUCAUUAGAAACUUCCGGUUUUAAUAGGCUUAAUCAAUUUACUACAACAAAUAGAUUAUGAUUUGAAAAAUGCAUAAGCAGAUCAUCUGAGACAUUCCAUUCGUCGGCGAAGUGAAAAACAUAAAAGAAGCCGCUGUCGGAGUUACGGAUCAUAUUCAAACGAACAGAUCUUCAAUCAACUACAAAGAAUCAACAAUGCGUGCCUUCAUUGUUUUGUGUUUGGUGGCAGUUGCCUGUGCCGAUAAGUUGGGUUACAAUUAUCAACCAGUUGGUCACUCUUCCUCCGGAUUGUCCUUCACACCAGGUGGUGCUGCCUCCAAUGCUGCCCCCAGCUACAGCUCCGGAUCAUCCUUUGUUCCAAGUGGUUCUGCUUCCAAUGCUGCUCCCAGUUACGGUAACGGUGCUGGUUCCUUCCAAGGUCAACCUUCAUUCACCUCACCAGCUCAAGUUGCUCCUCAAGCUGAACUCGAAAAGGAAUUCUUCACCUACACAGCUAAUGAUGCUGACUUCAAUGAACCCGCCAGCUCCGACCAAUUGGCCAAUGCUGUGAAACAAGGUCUACGUGUCAUCUUCAUCAAGGGCCCCGAAAACAAUGGCUUGGAAGAUGCCGCCUUGGCUUUGGCCAAACAAGCUGCCCAACAACAAACCGCCAUCUAUGUUCUCAACAAGCAAGCCGAUCUCGGUGAUUUGGCCAACAAACUUAACAACCUCAACACCGGCAACAACAACAAACCCGAGGUUCACUUCGUCAAAUACCGUACUCCUGAAGAUGCUGCCAACGCUCAACGUGCUAUCCAAGGUCAAUACGAUUCUUUGGGUGGACCAUCUCACAGCAUCAAUGGUGGUGUUGCUCCAGUCCUCAACUUUGCUUCCCAAGCUCCCGCCGCUGCUGCUCCCGCUGCUUCUGCUCCUGGUGCUAGCUACUUGCCCGCUUCUAUCUUCCGUCACUAAGAAGGCAUUGUUAUAGUUGCAUAUCUGAAAGACUGAUAUGUUUAAUUAUAAAUUCUGUUGUUGAUAAAUGUGUAGGUUAAUAAAUUGUUGAUAU